ACACAUAUGUCAUGAUCGAUCCUUCGGUCGGUCGAGUGGUAUGUCUUAUAGACCUCCGGUUCUGCUAACGAACGAUGUCGAACGAUUUUUCUCUCCGUUUUAAAAAAUAAAAAAAAUAAAAUAAUAUGUCAUUGUCACCAAAGAAACCCUGAAAACGAAAUCCCUCCCAGCGACUAUCGUUAUUAUUCUUCGCCGUAGCCAAAAAAGCAUAUUCCUUUUUGCCAUCUUUGUCGUCAAGAGAUCCCAAACACAACAGAGAAAGAAAGACAAAAAAGCUUCACUCUUUCUCUUAUGUUCCUUGUCUUUUCCCUUCAAUUAACAAAUUCACGUCGCGUGUAAAUCCUUUGCAAUAAUACGAAAAUGUAAACCACGAUCACAAAUUCGCCUGACAAAUUCUGCGUUUGUGUUUAACCAAUAAAUAUUAUUCAAAUGGAUUCGGAUGAUGGGAACGUAUCACACAUUUUACCAAAGAGGAGUCUUUUAAAUGUACCUGGAAGCUUGGCCUUGGAAGCGUUUAGUUGCAUCACCAAGUUCACAGGAGCUAUGCUUUGCUGGUGGAACAACAACAACAACAAUUUGCAGAAAAUGGAGAUUUCUAACUAUCAAUUGAGGAGCUUAAGCAGCUGUGAUGAUGAUUCUUCUGUGAAGAGUUGUUGUUAUCAUCCCAACUUCUCUCUGUUUCAAAUUCACUACGGAUCAAAAGAAGAUUUAAUCCCUGCCUUGUUCUCUAAAUCAACUAUUCAGCAUUUUGUUAAUGAAGCUGAGAGGCUACACUCUUGUUCCGUCCUCUCCUUGGCUGUUUCCUUGAUGUCGGUGAAUGGACUUGGUUUGUCUCUAGGGAGUGAUGAUGUUCAAGUUUCGAACAACGUUGAGCAUAGGUCUUGUCAGGUUGGACGUAGUAGUGGUUUGAGUUUUCACAAAUUGGACGCGAAAAGACCAACGGUCGAGCCUCGAACCGGGAUCGAGUUCCCUGUGUCGUUAAAGAAAAAUGCAUCUGGAUUAGCUUCUGAGGUGCUUGUUGCAACUGGAUCGCGGACAAUGAAGAUCGUCAAGAUUAAAUCUCUUAAAGUAUAUGCGUUUGGUUUUUAUGUUCAUCCUUCGUCGGUGUGCCAGAAGCUUGGUCCAAAGUAUGCCUCUAUUCCCGGGAGCAAACUCGGCAGAUGUGAUGACUUAUACAAAGAUCUUUUAAGGGAGGAUAUUGUUAUGAGUGUGAGGCUUGUUGUUAACUACAAUGGUUUGAAGAUCAAUACUGUGAGAGAUGCUUUUGAGAAAUCUCUACGCGCUCGUUUGGUGAAGGCAAAUCCCAAGACUAAUUUCAAUUGCUUGAAUGAUUUUGGUUCAUUCUUCACACAAGACAUUCCAAUCCCCGCGGGAACAGUAAUAGACUUUCGAAGAACAGCUGAUGGACAACUAAUCACAGAGAUUGGCGGUAACAUGGUUGGAGCUGUCCGUAGCAAGGAUCUUUGUAGGGCAUUCUUUGAUAUGUACAUUGGAGAUGUUCCGGUGUCUGAGCAGACAAAAGAGGAGAUUGGUAGGAACGUUGUGGGAAUCUUAAAGAGUUGCUGAAAAAAAUCAAUUUAGACCGACCAAUGGCCCUCUGAGUUUUAGAAGAAGGCACUUGGGUCCAGAAUCUUUCCAUGUCUCUAGUUCGUAUAUGAAUACGGAAUAUAAGUACUUAGUAAGCUGGCUUCCAAGUUCCAACCUGACCCAGCUUUAUUUUGGUAGAAACUCGGCUCUAAAUAAACCCUCCCCCUGCCUGGCUCUGUAGUGAUUAUAUUUUUUCAACAAGGCUUAUCAAUUAUGUAACGAAACUUCAUUAUAGCUAUAUAUAUAAUCGGAUUAUU